UAAUGAGCGUGAAGAAGACGCGUGGACGUCGUAGACGGUCUACAUGACAAACAAAAAGUCAGUGUGGACCAAAACAAGUUCCUGGUCGAUUUUUUUGACGAGGGCCAACAUCCCCGCGGUCCUUAUGCGACGCACGGCAUGGCAGAGAGACAGGACACUGAGGUGGAGGAUGCCGAGCAUAUCUACCUGCUGAUGAAAGAGGAAUAUCGCAUCUCCAGGAAUGUGCGUCUGGCCUGGUUUCUGGGGAAACUCAACCAAACCAUCUGCCCGGCAUCUCAACUGGAUCUGCUCAACUCCACCAAUGAGUUGGACUUGCUGAGUGUUUUACCCAAAGGAUGGCAGGGGGACCCGCCGCCGCCGCUCCCCCGCGCCAAUGCCGCCCAGCCUGCCCUGUUGGUGCCAUCCACUCGUGCCACUUUCCUGGCACGCAGGUAUCGCUUCAUCAUCGAGCUGGAUCUCAGCCCGUCCACGGGCAUCGUGGAUGACAGCACGGGAGAGAUGAUUUUCGACGAGGUUUUCCACGCCUUGUCCAGAUGUCUAGCCGGUCUCGCUCAACCCUUUACGGUCCCGGGAACGGAGCAGCUCUUCACCCCAAAGAUCUUCACCACCAUCCUGGUCUACUCCUCCAUUUUCGGCCUCACGUCCCAUCAGGUCCUGGUACAGGGAUGUCAACUGGAGCGAACGGACCUGGGCCACUUCCUGCAUCACAUCUACCAGCAGCUCAAAGCGGUGGAAAGCAACAUCGCCCAUGUGCUCAAUCAGCAGCACGAAAGUUGCUCGGUGGAGUGUGGUCUCCAUGGCAACGGCGUAGAGGAUCCACCUCCCAGGAGGCCGAACAUCUCCAUGGUGUCGUCGGACAUGGGCCUGGUCAGCAUGGUGCGCCAGGGCAUCCUGGCCCUGCAGCUGCUGCCUCCCAACUCCAGCGCCGGCAUCAUCAUCAUCACGGACGGCGUGAUGAGCGUCCCCGAUGUCGUCGUAUGCGAGACGCUGCUGAACCAGCUGAGGAGCGGGACCAUCACAUGCUCCUUUGUGCAGGUGGGCGGGCCCUACUCGUACGACUGCAGCUUCGGCUACAUCCCCAACGUGGAACUGAUGAAGUUCAUCUCGGUGGCCACCUUCGGGUCCUAUCUGCCCAGCUGUCCUCCGCUGGACCUGGACAGCCACGACAUGAACGCCUACCACAAGGCCUUCCUCACCUAUUCCUUCCUCAAGACCCCCGAAGCCAUCAACUCGGACAUCUUAAGCGUGUCCCAGCACAAAUUGUUCAACGAGCACUUGGUGUCGGCCAGUGGAAACCCGGCGCUAGCGAUGCGCAGGAAGAAGCACACGGAAAAGGACGUGCACGCUCACCUCAUCAGCGUGGUGUCCGUCAGGCUCAGGGAGGGCUACACCAUCCGGGAAAUCAGCCUCACCAAAGGCGGCAGUCAGCUGGAAGUGAAGCUGGUGCUGCUGUGGAAGCACAACAUGCACAUCGAGUACGUGGCGUCGGCCCCGUGGCCGCUGGACCCCGGCAAGCGGACCACCCGGGUGGAGGUGACCAUGGAAGGCAGCUACGACAUCCUACACGACAUCAGCUGCACGCAGAGGAAACCCAUCACAAGCUCCUACCGCACCUCGGUCAUCCGCCGCUUCUGGAACACUUUGCAGAGCAUCAACCAGACGGAUCAGAUGCUGGUGCACCUGCAGUCUUUCAACUCCGUUCCGGAAAACUACACCAUCCCCGAGAGCACCAAGAACGGAGUUCCGCUCUUCUACAUCCCUCCUGGAUCCACCACGCCCGUUCUGUCCCUGCAGCACGGUGGCUCCAAAGACUCGUCGCAGUCACAGUUCACCUCCUACUGGAAGCCCAUCCUCUCCAUGGAUGCCAAUUUCUGGCAGAGAUGGCUGCACAUGCACCGCAUUGCCAUCAUCCUGGAACACGACAUGCCGGUGCCCAAACACCUGCACACGGCGGGCAACAACGGGCGCUACAGCACCAUCCAGUGUCGCAUCUCCCACUCUGCGCUCACCUCGCUGCUGAGGGACUGGAGCAGCUUCGUUCUGGUCGAGGGUUACUCCUACGUCAAGCUCAUAUACAGUUCCCUGGAGCAGCCCCCCAACUCCUUCUACCUGGUCCGACUCAUCUCCAAGACCCCUUGCAUGGUUCUGCGAUUGGGUUUCCCCAUCGGAACAACGGCACACGUUCGAAACAAGAUUGUGGACGAGCUCCGCGAGCAGAUCCUCAAGCUCCGCUUCCCGCAUCGCAUUCACAGCAAGGAGGCCACGCCCAAAACCAAGAGGAAGGCGGCAACGGGACAGCCUUCGCCAUCCAAGUCGCCCGCUCUCUCCACGCCCACGCAGGCCCUGUCGGAUCGGCCGUGCGUUGUGGUGCUCAACAAGCCGCUCGAGAAGCUGCUCAUCAGGUACGAGAAGCUGCCUCCGGACUUCAGGACUCCCUUCAUCUUCAGCAUCGAGAAUACGUCUUUGCAGCCCUCCAGCGGGUCGGCGCCCCUCAACGUGGCGGGCAACCGCGCCGCUUCAUCCACACUGGCCUCGCUGUCCCGCUACUUCCUGCACCGGCGCUGGGUGUGGGCGGUGCAGAGCAGCCAGGGUCCGGCCGUGGCCAUGCAGGCCGUCGCCCACAUCCUCUCCAUGCUGUCUGAGAUCCGCCUGUCGGAGGGUUUUCAUUUUGCCGCCAGCGGAGACGGCAUCGUCAACAUGGUCAUUGAACUGCCCAUGAAGGGCACGUCCGCCGACUCCGAGCAAGAGAGUCACUCGUGCAUCGUCCAGUACAUCCUCUUCCCACCUCACGUGACCUCCACCAAGGACAGCUUCUCCACGGACGACGACAACGACACGGAUGUUGAGGCGGUGGACGUGGACGUGGAGCUCAACGUGGUGACCGAGUGUUGGGUGGAGCCUCAGACUGGCACCAUCGCCAGCUGCUUGGAGCAACAUCGCCACCUGCUGGGCCUCAGCUACCAGGAAGUGCCUCAAGCCAUCUUCCCUAGAGAUUUAGCCUGCAUGUCCACCGUGAUGACAUUUGAGUACCUGAGUCAGCUGUGUCAGAACAAGGACCAGGUCUGCUCUGUGCCUGCUGGACUCAGGGACACCACAGGAGAUCCUCCUGCCUCCGAGGAGAGCAUUCACAUGGUUCCUUUUCAGUUUGAUCUCAUCCAGCUUCUGCCCAAAUGCCAGCAGGUGGAGCUCUUCUUCCUCACAUUCGGCACAGAGGUGGAGCUGGAGGAGCACCUCUGUAGCGGACCGUGCCUUCCCAACGAGCUGCUUUUGGGCCUCUUCCACAGCAGCCUGGAACAGGAACUGAGCGACCGCGAGAUUCCCGUAGCCGUUGGCGACCACGCCGCCUUCAUGCGCCACGUCCUUGAGCGCGAGCGCAACGGCCACUGCGCUCCCUUCCCGCUGCCCGUCAUCAAGGAAGACUUCACAAGGCCUCUGGAUAGAAAGGAAAUGAUGUCAGCGUUUCACUUAACCGGCAGCAGUAAAGAGAUGACAGAAUCCACCAGCACGUUGCAGAGUUUGGCCAACGCCGACCUGGUUUACGAUGAGCCUUCGCUGGCGGGGCACAGCUGCUCGGUGCCCCAGUGGAGGUGUUACGCCAAGCGCAUCAGCUCCCAACAGAUCCUGCUCACCUUCCUGCCUGCCACCUUCGCAGAUGUCCUGAUGCUGAUGACAUCUGGGCUGGAGGCGGAGCCUUUGAGUCACGUCAGCACGCAGGACGACGACACGCUGACGCCCGGCAAGCAGUCACAGGCCGACUCGCCGUCCGGGUCCGCCGGAGGACCGGGCCGGUCCGAGUCCAACCUGGGUCCAGCCUUCGAGAUGAGGAGGAGUUCAAGCGCCGGGCCAUUGGACUCCACGUCGCCCGUUGUCUCGCCGUCCUCGGAGGAGCCGUUGGGACCUGCCAGGCCCACUGACGCCCUACCGUCGGACGGGCAGGAUAGCAGCAUGUCCGAAAGCCAGCCCGGAACGCCCGGCUCGUGUCGGUCUACGGCAGGUGCAGAUUUGGUUGACAAAGUUCACUUCUCUGAGCCGCAGCACGACGGUGCGCACGGCGGCGGCGGUGGCAUCCUGGGCCGCCAGUUGUCCCAGCAGAGUUCUGGCACGCAGCUCAAAUGUCCCGUCUACGUGUACAAUUGCUGCCUGGAGCUGCUCAAAGAGCAGUUGGUACACCCCGGCGCCAGCCGACACCCCCGGGACGUCUUUUUCAGACCUCAAGAGGCUCAGUCUUGGCAGAUGCCUGAGCAGAUGAAGACCAGGUCGCUUUCUCUGGACCGCAGCAGCCCUACACCUUGGACGGACCUUCUGGCGCAGCCUCACAAGCACAAGGAGCUUGCCCACUACUGCAGCCUGCUGCAGGAACACUACCAGCAGAGCUUCGCCAAAGGUGUCUACCGGAGCCUCCAGCAGUCGCUCAGCAUCAGCUCCCAGGACGUCCUGAUGGCCAUGGACUACUGCGAGGAGUCCCUGCAGGAGAUUGACAUCACGGCCUUCCUGCAGACACUAUGUGGACACAUCCGGGUAUUCCGGGAGAACGGUCAAGCUCCCGCGUGGACUCGGCAGCCCAAAGCCGACGGGAGGUUGGCCACCUUCAUUGUCGGAGAAUCCGAGGAGGAUCGAGCCGAUGUCAAGUCUGCCGUGGCCUCCUCGUCCAGUUUUGAGCUGGAAGACGCCAACGAAGCAGAUUCCCAGCUCGUCCAGGAGGCGUCCAGCAAGCUCCCAGCAUUCCCCCUAGAAUUACUCCAGACGCAUCCCACUUGUGACCUGUGCCCAGACGUGCGCAAAAUAAUUCAGGAAAAGUUCACGGCGAUCGUGUUCCAGUAUUUUAAACCUGUGCCUUCCAAUCCACAUUACUUCUAUUACUGCCCGCCGUCUUCCAAGAAGGAGGAGGACUCGGAGGAUGGCGAAUUGGAGGUGAGGCCCAACGAAGAGACGGUGUCUGAGGCCGAACAAGCCACUGAAGACGAAAUGGCGUCCGGCGGCUGCAUCACCACAGAGAGCGACAACGACUUGGUGGUGGAAUACGAGGAGCAGCCCACCGACGGCAGCAUCAGAAGCCUCAGCGGCGGCGAGGACCGCUCACGCUCGGACUCCAACACGGUCAACCAGGACCAGGACCAGGACUCCUUCAGCAUCUUGGAAGAAGGAGACUCACUGCUGGAGGCAGAGGGGUCGCAGAUGGAAAUGCCGCCACUCUUCCUGCACGUUACCUGCUCCGUCAACGCCAAGAACUGCCACGGAUCCACACCCAUACACAGCCUGCCCACCUGUCUAGGUGAGAUCAUUUCCUGCCUGGAGGAUGCCAAGGCUUUACUGUCCGUGGAUUUGAACGACCUCUCGGUCACCCUGGACAUCUUUGUCCUCACCCUUCCUCUGGAGAUCGAAGUCAUGGCCGAUUUUCAUCACAACAGGUACACUUCUGAGAGCAGCGUGUCCCUGAACCGUUCACCGGGACAGCCAUCGUCGUAUCGCUCGGACGAGGAGCUGUCGGCCAUGCUGGAGGGGCUGAAGGGAGCUGAGGUGGACAUGGUCUGUGGCGAACCUUUAUCCAAGCUGCCGCUUCCUCACAAGCUAGCUAUCCUGGCUACCAUGGACGAGGUCCGCUGGCUGCUGGAAGACGAGAUCGUGUCGGCGCUGCGCCACUCGCGCACCAUCGGCCCGACCACGCUGCUCAAGGUGGCGCAGCAUGUGGUUCGCUCGGCCGGGCGGCCGCACUGUCGCAGCGAGGACGUCCCGCUGCAGUUUGUCUUCAGGCCUGAGCAGUCGCUGGACAAGUUCAAGGAGGAGUUCCGUCGCAUGGCGCUCUCUGGCUACGUGCUCAACAGUGAGCAGGACCGCUUCUACUACGUGUCUCUAAGUCGGCUACACCCUCAAAGGAUUCACAUCGUCAAGAACCUGUCAGAGAGCAUUGCCGCCAACAGAAGCCCGCCUCAGGAAGAGUCUCUUUUGGAGAGCGAGGUUCAUGUGGCCGCCAACUUCACGACUGACACCACAGCAGAAUUCGAUGAACCGCUUGCAUUCUUGAAAAACGAUGGCGGAAACACACAGAGCUCGGUUAGCCAUCUGCUGCUGAACGAGCCCACCUCGCCCCCCAAGACUCCCUCCAGCGUCAGCCUCGCCGAGUCGGUGCAGUCCGGUUCUCACGGCUGCAGCAAGCUGAGGCCAAGUCGUGUGCAGAGCGUCAUCUCAAGCCAAGGAAGUUUGGAUUCCGACAUGCAGGGAUAUGAUGGCGGUAGCAGCGACUCGGAGUGUGAAAGUCCCACCCUGGAUGAGCAAGAAAUUCAGACACCUCGGAUGCCCGACUUCUGGCUCAUAGCGAAGAUUCACCAGGACAGAGUCAAGGUCUACUCCCAUUCCAGGAGUAUGAGUGAGGAACGGGAUAUGAAUGGCAAAGAGCAGGAAAGCCGGGAGGAGAAGCAGGAGCUGCCGGAAUAUUUACAACUGCAUCAGAUGGUGGUAAAGAAAAUUGGAGAGCUGUGUCGCAGAGUUAACCAGCACAUGCUGCUGCAGGACCUUCACGACAGCCACGUGUGCAAUUCCCUGCUGGUGGCAGAGAGCGAGGAGGACAUUUGGAAGAGCGAGUCCGCAUACCGGCAGAGGCGCAACACCUCGGACGAUUACCACGCCGAGGAGAGCUACCAGGCCAGAGAUUACCUGGCCGCCACAAUGCACUUCAUCCCAGGACACUUUUCCUGCGACGUGGUGUGGAGUACCGUCAUCCACAUACACCCAAGACUCAAGAUGGGACCUAACAUGGGUGUGUCCAGAGCCAUCCAGGCCUUACGCUCCGUGCUCAACUCCUUCUGUGUGGUCAACAGGAAGAAUAUGUUUGUCUACCAGGAGCGUACCACCAAAUCUGUUUUCUACCUCAGACUUUAUGAGACGUCGCAAACAGGCAAAUAUGCUGAUGUGGACGGCGGCCUCCACACCUCUCGGUCCCUCAGCCUGGCCAGAAGUCAGGAGCCUCUGUUCUCCGAAGACCUCAUGGGUUCCAGGUCGUCUCUUGAGGGUUCUCGUCCAGUGGGCCAGGUGGACAAGCACAUCCUGCUGUUGGUGCAUGGGGUGGGCAAUGCAGGUCCCGAGAUCACGGACGAGCUGUUGAAGGUUCUGCGCAAACGUCUGGAUGAAACCACGCUGGAUAUCAUCACCGUCAUGCUCGUCAGGAACUGCAAGCUGACACCCGCCGACGUGGAGUUCAUCCAACCGUCGGGCUCUCCCUCCAGCGAGGUGAUGACGUUCGUCCUCCCCGCCUUCUGUCUCCCGUGGCUUUCGGCCGUGUCUCACUACCUUCGCCAGAACCUGCUCAUCUUCCUGCAUGUGCCCAAAUACACAGACAGCAACACGGCGCACCACUUCAAGCACUGCUUUCAUUCGAACACCGACGUGGCGGAUGGCAACAUCUACCUCUACAACAAGCCCGGAGGUCAGGGGACGGGAGGCAAAGGAAUUGCCUGCAUUACUCUGACGUUCGUGGAUGCCACGGGGCACCCCCUUCAGACAAUCGCCUCGGACUGCGGCAAAGAGACCAACAGCUGUUCCACCCCGCUGCAGCCGGAACACUUUGAGCGCCUGACCACCGUGCUGAGAGUGAAAACCGAUUCUGUGCAUGACGGCUGGAGCCAAGGUGAAGCGGCAGGAGCGCCGCUCCUGGUGCGCUUCGACGUCUGGGAGCAAGGCAACGUGAGCCCGGCACAGCUGGCCGAUAGGCUGCAGGGGGCGCUGCGACACGCCCUGUGCGAUGUGCUCAUGGAGCUACGUGUGCUGCCCCACCCGCUCUGCCUGCCCUGUGCCAAUGCGCAUACCCCAGGCAAGGACCACGCCAAAGGUGCCUUGAGUCUGCCCGAGGCGAAGGACGCAAAGGACACUCCUAGGCAGCGUAGCGGCUCUCGGGUAUUCAGAAGUAGCCCCUCACCUAUCACCUUAGGGCACCCUGGCAGCGGCAGCAGCGCCACCGCUGGCAUGACGGGAUCCAGCACGCCCGAGUCCACGACGCCCACUGGAAGAAGCACGCGCCGCAGCUUCUGGGACAUUCUGAGCAAACCCGAUUCGUCUGAGCUGGGCAGUCCCAAAACCACGGACGAUAUCGUGCCGGAGCGAGGCGAGGAGGGUCGCGUGGUGCGGCGCCGCCACAAGACGGAAAGCGUCAAGCAGCAGUGGUCGCAAGAGAGGCUCGGCGAACUUGAACAGGCACAAAGGAGGCAAGCGUGCCAGCUGGAGCAGGGCGACGUGGGCGCCCUGCAUCCCAUCUACCAGCUCACCUGCCAGCCCUGGAUCACCUUCAUGGCUGAGCUCGGCUGCCCGUCUAUUCAGCAGUGCUCGGCCGAUGUGGCGUCCCACUUCCUGCUUCCUUCCAUCCUGGCCGAGCUGGUCAAUCUGGUGGGAUCGCUGGCUGCCGACACCAACGUCAAGGUCUUCGUCAAGACCAGCUGUCCCGUAUCGGGAGACAUCUUCGUUCCUUUAUCUGCCGUGCAAAACCUGUGGCGUCCUCCCAAGGCCUCCUGCAGCUUCAUCAUCAUUGGGAGGAACUUCCAGCAGUGGUACUGCAGCACCGAGCAAGAUGAGAGUUUAGAGGAGGAAAACGUGGCACCGCUUAAUAGGUUCACACCUCACAAAGGCCUCCAGCGCUUUGAGGCCUCUGAGCAGCAACAACAGCAGCAGGGUGACUGCUCCAGCCUCUCGGGCCAGCAGCAGCAGCAGCAGCAGGCGGGCUGGGCGUCAGCACCGGCACCCCGCCAGCGGUUCCUCCUCAUUCGCAUCUUGGACAAAAAGGUGACGCUGUACAGCUACAACUGGUCGGUGGACCUGGGCGCCUCACUCAACCGCGAGCUGGUCCGCCUGGUCAAGUGGCAGAACGCCCGGGCCCACGUGCUACACUGCCUGCUCAGCCAAAAGAUGGGCCUGUUCCAUCACCACUGCUUCUCGGACGCGCCGCUCCACGACAUCCAUUCCAAGCGGGAUCCCAACCCCUUCUUGGGUCCAUCCAUGGAGCCGGACACGCUUCUCCGUAGCCCCGUGCCGCCCCUGGCCAGCAAAGAGCAGGGUCGCCUGGCGUCUUCGGGCCGCAGCCUGGCCCCGCUUCACUUCCCCUCUGAGCUGCUGCCAUUCGACGAGGCUCUGAGGGACGUGUGCGCUAUCAGGGCGCUAACGGACGGGGACGCCGUCGCGCGGCAUGGCGGACAGCUCUUGGACAUCAAAGCGGCUGAGAGGAGAGAGCUGGAGAAGCAGAUGAAGAUUGAGAACCUGUUUGUGACGUGGCAGCAGCGGUCGGCACAGUCCAACAUGCCCAUCGCGCUGGCUGACUUGGAAACCCUGAAACAGUCGUCCCGCCUGGUCCACUAUUGCGCCACGCCGCUGCUCUUUGACCCUCUCUUCCGCAAGCAGAUUCAGGAGGAAUUAGUAGCUGCUCAGCCGCCCGUCAAGAAGCGUCACCGGUCGAACGAUUCGACGGCGUCGGGCCGCGACCGCAGCUACAGCAGCGACUCUGGCGACAUGCUGCCCGGCCGGCUGAAGGAGGAGCCCUGGCUGCUGGACAUCUCCAGCGGAUUUCUGCAGCAGUACGUGCAGUACCUGCAAAGCUUGGGCUUCAUCCUGGUGCAGGUGCGCCCGCAGUCGCCCGCUCGCAGCAUCGCCCGCGCCCGUGCCGCCAUGUUGAGCUCCAUGUCGUCCGAGGGCAGGAUGUCCUUCUCCUACGUCAAGCAGAAGAGCGAAGACAGCCCCAAGACAACUGUGUCCGCCACCACCGCUUACCACCUUCAGAGGGCGCUGCCCGGCGGGAUCGUGCUGAUGGAGCUAGCUUUUCAGGGUUGCUACUUCUGCGUCAAGCAGUAUGCACUGGAGUGUUCUCGGAUCCCCAUGGGCCAGUCGGUCAACUCACAGGGCGGCCUGCUCAUCAAACCUCGUUGCAAGCCAUUCCCGGACGCCACCCAGGUGUCUGACUGUGCGCUCUCCAUGCUCUUCACCGAGGAGUGCGACAAGGUGCGCGACUUGAUGCACGUGCACUCGUUCAGCUACGACUUCCACCUGCGGGUAGUCCACCAGUACCUGGUGGGCUGCCACAUGACGCUGCGCCAGGGCUACCAGCUCACUGACUUCCUCCGAGACUUCAUCGUGCAGCACCCCGACAUCCCCAAGUUUGGACGCAACCACGUCUUCCAAGGGAGUUUCUCCACCGCCACGAGGAUGAUCACGGCCCAUCAGCUGUACAACUACAUCACCGAUCACGCCAGCAUAUACGGCAUGAAGCCCCUGCGCAUCUCCAAGGCCGCCGUCACCACCGAGGCCAAGAAGGCCGCGCCAGACCAGCACGAGUACGCUCUGGUCGCCUUGUGGAACAGCUCGGGUUCUUACAAGGACCUGGAGGGCCUUCAUCACCACGACGACUUUGACGUUUCCCUGGUGGUGUGUCACAAUGCUGCUCCCUUUGAGGAACAGUCGGAGGGGGAGAGACACUUGCUGAGGUUGCACUUCUACGUGAUCAUGACGAGCCAGCGUGAGCUCUUCCCCCGUCUCACAGCUGACAUGCGACGCUUCAAGAAACUUCCUCCGAUCCACCGUGAGCCCGGCGAGCUGGGCGGACGCCCGGCCCUGGAUCGAACGGAGUCCUGCGCGUCCCCCGGCGGCGAGCGGGACCUCUGGGAGGAACCCACCAGGACCGGGUCCGAGGCCUGCACGCCCAGUGACGGCAAUGAGUUCUAUCCGUUAGUGGGCGCCGCCGUCCGGUCCCAGGGAUCGCUCGACCCGUCCCCGCUGUUCCCACUGCUCAACAGUGAGGUGGCCGCCGCCCGCCGGCAGAUCCAGGCCAGCGUGGAGGAAGCCAUGGGGCACUGCCGUCGCGACAACCUGUGGAGGAGGCUAUUCCACGGUGAGCACCUUGCACUGGACAAGCUGAAGCUGACCAAGUUGUCCUUCUGCGAGCUGGAGGAGCUGCUGGAGUCUGUCCAGAGCCGCUCAGUCGGGGACAUCGACCCCCAGCUGGACUGCUUCCUGAAUAUGAGUACGACCUGGUACCAGAGUCUCAUUAAAGUCUUACUUGGCCGAUUCCCUCAAAGUUGUCGCCAUUUUGACGACGGCGGCAUUCAAUACCUGGCUGUUCUGAACCAGAAGUUCACUGACUGCUUCGUUUUGGUCUUCCUCGACUCCCAAGCUGGCAAAACGAGCCUGAAGAUGGUUUUGCGAGAGCCGCUGCCGCCGCAGCCGCAGGACGGCGGCAGUCCGCCGCCUCAGCUGGUCUCCAUGUACCAUCACCUGGAGUCCGUCAUCAACACGGCCUGCUUCAACCUCUGGACCGGACUCUUAUAGCCAAUGCUCCUUCUCCCUCAACUUUCACGUCUUUCAUCCCGCAGUUGAAGAAAAAGCCAGUUUGCACUGGAUGUCGUUAGCUAGCUGGCUAGUUCCAGAAGCUGCGUCAUGGACUGCUAGCAUUAAGCUAAGCUGCCGGAAAACAUUUUAAAAUUAUUUUGGCACUUGUGCAUCAUAUUUUUUAAAACUAUUCUUGAAUUUGGACUCCUUUUGGGUCCUUUCGGUCUGCGGGGUGUGUUCCAGGCUUAGGAAUGAUCGACAAGGCGGUGCGUGGGAGUGUUGCUGCUUUUGUACUCAGUGCUGAAAAACUGGACAUGACAUUCCCACACGGGCAGAGUCCGGAAUGAAUUGGAACGUGUGAGACUUUCCAUCCAGCCAUUUCAAAGGCACGCUGCACCCUGGCUUGGUCGCCCGGUCAAUCACAGGACCACCAUACGUACGUACAGACCUGGUAUCGCGGAACUUUUCAUCUCUCUAUCAACAUCAAGGCGGAAGCCAGAGUCUACGACUGACUGGUUUUGGACCCCGGAUUGGUCACCAGUCCAUCACAUGACCACCACACACAUCAUCCAGUCAUUGGGUGUGAAAUGGCAAAGUGGUUAAAAAUUUGCACUAACAAGACCACCAGCACCCCGGAAACAGGUCUGCGGUGUCCUUAAGCAAGACCCUGGUACCCUGAACCACUUCCCAGCACCCUGCUCCACUAACCGUGUGCGUUUGCUGUGAUGGUUCCUCAAAUUUCAUUUACAUGAACCCCCAAAAAAAGAGGCUCUCCAUCUGAAUGUUACAGCACUUAUACUGCUCAGAGCGAGACCAGAGUCUAAGACUGACUAACCGACCCGCAGGACAUGUUGGACUCUUCAUCCAUCGUGCACGUUUCCUGUUCAGGGGCAAGUCAGAAUCUCUGACUGACAGAGUGCGGACUUCUGGCUUGGAUCUGGCCUGCGGACGUUUAGUGCCUUGUGUUGGACUUUGCUACCACGUCAGUGUUUGUUUUGGGAUUACAGCCCCUCACAUUUUUUUUGCUUUUCACUGCCCAAAAGUGCCUUGCUAUUUUUGUAUUUUUAUUUUUUGAAGCACAAAGUCUAAUGAGGACAUUUCCAGAGGGCUUUUUUGGGAGGGGUGGGGUGGGGGGGGGGUUCUCCCCUUCGUCGUUAAUGGCAUCAUGCUCAAUUGUGCCACUGUUAGCCAAAUGUACAUAAACACAAACGCGGUGAGCUGUCGGAUGUCAAACACUGGAGACCAUAACAGAAAGAGUGACUGCACUCGCUUCAACUGUAUCACCUGUGUCCUAAGCACUGUACAUUGAGCUAUUGAUUAUUUAAUCAUUCUUUUGAAUUAUUUAAAAAUCUACAUUUCAAUCCCUUUAUUAAAAUACAGCACUUUAUUUAAAAUUAACGGUGCAGAAAGCAAAUCAAUCGCGAUCCAGUUCUUUGGGUCCCUAACAGAAAAUAGGCAAAAAUGUUGAUCACUCUUUUACAAAUGUUUUAUUCAAAACAAAGAAUCAGUCUAUUAUCAUGGAGGACAAACAGGCAAUUGGAGAAUAUUGACACUGAAGCCUAAAUGCAGAGGAUGAGGGCAAUUUUUAAUUAAAGCGAUCAAAACAAUCGCUUAUCAAAAAUAAUUGUUGAUGAAUUUGAUAAUAGAUUUAACUGUAGAUGAAUCAUUGCAGCUCUGCUGUAUCCGAUUUGGUACACGAUACAGGCCACAUCAUGCACUCUUAACAAAUGCUCAAUAAAUCAGACAAACGUUCAUUCAA